UUACAAUCACAGCAGAUCCCAAGCAGCUCACAGCAACAACACCCAGGAAUAUCAGUUUCACCUCUUCCAGCCAGUGUCACGGCAUCGCAUGUUGUACAAAUAGGACUGCAACAGUCUCCCUCAGUAAUGAUACGGCAGCAACCUCAAACCCAACUGGGGCAGCAGCGAUACGUGACACAGGAUGUUUCGGUGGUGCAGGCCCCACAUUAUGCAGUACUGUCGAGUCAGUCACGGCAGCACGAAGAGCACGAUGCCGAUCUCGCAUUUGCGAAUUCAAUCGCAAAUCAUUUGUCGAGGUUGAAUGAAGAUGAGAAAGCGGUAGCAAAAAUGAAUAUACAACGAAUAUUGAUGGAUGCACGAUUUGGCAUUGGUGCAUGUGCUCGAAUGAUCCAGGAACAUGCGCUAACGGAAGCAGCAGCAGUUGCAGUUAGUACUGCUGCACCGCAUGAUGUCUCAGCGCAGCAGCAGCAGCAGCAACAGCAGCAUCUCGAUGGAUCUUCGCGACGAUUGACUUAG